AUGGAAAGUGUACCCGAAAGUGUACCUGAAAGUGUACUUGAAAGUGGACCUGAAAGUGUACUUGAAAGUAGACCUGAAAGUAGACCUGAAAGUGGACCUGAAAGUGUAACUGAUAGUGUUGGCGAUGAUUAUCGAGAACAUUGCAUUUGCCUGCUGGUAAUUGCAUCAUUGGUCAACGGCAGCACCUCGAAGGCUUUGAAAGCAGAGGCCCGAGAUGCGAGCCAAUCUGCAGCGCAUUCGCUUAUCGGCACCGCCUUUGAUUAUGAUUAUUUUGCGCCUGAGGCACGUCGAGCGCCAAGCCGUUAUCAAAAAUCCAGCCCAAUAACAACUGAGAGACCUUUUAUACGCUACUGGAAUAAUUUCGUACGCAAUAUACGUGUGCCAGUGCCAUCCAUCACUUGGAAUAUGACAAAUCCGCUGGUGAAUCUCUUCAACGCUGGGGUAACGAAUGUCAUCGACACACCUGUGGGUAAUUACAAUCGCGGAGGCAGCAAACGUAAGCGCAGCAAGAGCACAAAGUCGAAAAACUCGAAGAAACGCAAGCCCAUUCACACAGAUUACGACGUAGAUGAAGAUGAGACUUAUCAAGCAGUUUCUUAUGGCGGUUAUGGUGAGCCUUACGCUGACGAUUAUGAUCCACGCAAGAUAAUGUAUUUCUACGAUGCCAGCACCGGGCAAUAUUAUAAAAUGCAAACACAAUAUGUGAACAGUUAUGCACUUGCCGAGCAACAGUUGCAACAGCAGCAGCAGCAGCAGCAGAAUGAUGAUGAUGACGAAGCAGAGCUACAAGAGGCUGACGAAAUAGAAGCGAUCGAGGGUCAUGUCGCAAUGGUAGACGCGCAAAUUGAACCGCCAACUGCGGAGAGCGUUAAUGAGAGCAAUGAAAAUGAGAAUGAAACUGCGCAGCACGCCGAUGAAGAGGAAGAAGCGCUUUCUGACGGCGAAGAAGGCCGGGAUUCUGGUGAAGUGGAGAUCAUACCAGCGGAUAUGGAGAUCUUUGAUGACUCAGCGGAAGAGCAAACAACCCACAAGCAGCAAUUGGUUGAGCAGACUAAAUCAAACAAGUCGAAAAGGGUUAAAAUUGUCGAAGAAUUGCGCAACUCAAUCGGCAGUUAUAUGCGUGAUGAUCACUUCAAUAGAAUGCGUCAGCGUGCGAAGGCAAAACCGAUACCACAAACGCUGCGCAGCAGUUUGAAAGCACGACCAAGGAGGAAAUUUACCUAUUACUUACUACAGCCAGUGUGA